AUGAAAGAUGAGUUGGAUGCUCUUGAGCUGAACAAAACUUGGCGUCUUGUUGAUUGCCCAGCAGAGGUUAAGCCGGUAGGCUGUAAAUGGGUCUAUCGCAUCAAAUGCAAGCCUGAUGGUUCAGUUGAUCGAUAUAAAGCACGUCUUGUGGCUAAAUGGUUUACUCAAACUGAAGGUGUUGAUUUCUUGGAAACUUUCUCCUCUGUUGUCAAGCCUGCCACCAUAAGAUUAGUUUUGGCAUUGGCCUUUAUGAAGCAUUGGCCCAUACAUCAGUUGGAUGUCAAUAAGCUUUUUUACAUAGGGAUCUUUCUGAGGAUGUUUAUAUGA